AUGAACUUCACCCUCCUGUCAGUUUUACUCUGUUGGAUCUCUGUCUCACGAGGUGAAUUUCACGUUGUGGAGGUCCAGACCGGUGAAGAGGUCACGCUAAUGUGUACCAACUACACCAGUUCCCCCUCUGACAUAUCAUGGUUCAGGCUGAAAAAUGGAUCCAACACCAGCCCCAUCUCCUCCAUGCUCUCCCUUGACAGAAAUGCAUCGUACUUCGAUGGGUUUGAAGAAGAAAAGUUCAACAUGACGUCCAACGUCAGUAACGUCUUUCUCCAAAUCAAACAAGUGGAUUUAUCUGACUCUGGACUCUAUAUAUGUGGCUAUAACAUGGGCAGAGACUUCAGAAAAUCCCCAGCAGUUUACAGCGCAACAUAUUUAAAGGUUAAAGAAAAGUCUGUUGAACAAGCAAAUCUGACCAUCGAGAUCCUCAUGGGCGGUCUGAUUAUCGUCCUCAUUAUAAUCAUCAUCGCUCUGGUGCUUAAAAUCUGGAAACUUCUUACAGCACAUAAAGAGGCACUGCAUCCACAAGACAGUAAGAAUGUGGGCUCUGAUGACCUGAACUACGCAGGACUGAGUUUCCUUCCAAGAGCAGAGCGGAGCAGAAGGCCUGCUAGAGAGAGAGAGCCGGAGCCUAAUGUUGUCUACGCCACCACCAUGCAGUCAAGAAACCACUGAAACUGAAGCUCAGAGAGGA